AUGGGAUUACUCGCACCUAUUACCGUCAAAGCCAAACUUUUCAUGAAGCGAAUUUGGGAAUGCAAAUGUGAUUGGGAUGAGCCUAUUCCAUCUGAAAUCGCCAAAGAUUGGAAAGCAUUCGUAAGUCAAUUUACCGUUUUCUCAUCAUUCAAAAUUCCUCGUUGGAUCAAAACAACACCGAAAGCAAGCAUCCAACUUCAUGGUUUUUCCGAUGCUUCAGUCGAUGCUUAUGGAGCCGGAAUUUACAUACGCUGCUUGAAUGAAGACGGAACCAUAACCACAUCAUUGCUCAUCUCCAAAUCCAAGGUCGCUCCCAAAAUUUUCCAGACGAUUCCUCGCUUAGAACUUCGUGCUGCUUUGAUAUUGGCAUCAUUGAUGAUGUAUGUCAAACAAUCACUUCGACAUCAUCACAUCGACGCAUCGAACAUUCAUCUUUGGUGUGAUUCAAAAGUAGUUCUAAGUUGGUUAAAUGGGGAUCCAAAUAGAUGGAAAAUUUUUGUCGCAAAUCGUGUAACAGAAAUUUUGAAAAUUUCAUCUUACGCUCAAUGGAAAUACGUUCCCACUCAUCAAAAUCCAGCAGAUUAUGUGUCAAGGGGACUUUUUCCUGAACAACUGCACGACAACAGCUUAUGGUUCAACGGACCAUCUUGGUUAAGCUUGCCUGAAGAACAUUGGCCUGUAACAUCGGAAAUCACAAUCGAUAACUCCGAGUGCGAUUUGAUUGAUGCUGAGUUUAAAACAGUAUCGCUGAUUUCCACCUCACCAGAAGAAACGCCAACCGAUAAACUGUUGAAUUACUGUUCCAGUUAUACCCAGCUUAUACGGUACACUGCAUGGUUCAAACGAUUCUUUUCAUUCAUCAAAAACAAAAAUGGAACCAGCACACAUCAUCUUAGAGUUGAUGAACUGAAUUCUGCAAAGAAAAGCAUAAUUUCCUUUGUCCAGUCACAACAUUUCAAGAAGGAGAAAAGGAUACUCCAAUCCAAUGGCAAAGAGAAAAUGAAAAGUCAGCUUUGGAAACUGAAGCCAUUCGUUGAUUCCGAAGGCUUGUUACGAAUAAGAGGUCGUUUGCAACUAAGUGAGCUAAGUUAUGAUGAAAAGCAUCCAUACAUUCUUCCGAAGGAUCAUCAUUUUACGACGUUAGUUAUCAACUACUAUCAUUUGAGAGCCCUGCAUGCUGAAGCUCAACUUUUGUUAGCUGAUAUCCGCAAACAAUUUUGGAUUCCUGAUGGAAUAAAUUCCAUUCGAAAAGUCAUUUCCAAAUGCGUGACUUGUCAUCGAUACAAGGGAAAAAUAGCCACUCAGCUAAUGGCCGACCUACCAGCAGUUCGUGUCACAAAAUCAAGGCCAUUUUUGCACACUGGUAUCGAUUUAUGCGGUCCCAUCUAUUUACGCACAUCAAAAAUUCGUGGAAGCAAAAUCUACAAAGGUUACAUCAUCCUGUUUGUGUGUAUGUGCGUCAAAGCGAUCCAUCUUGAACCAGUUAUCGACCAAUCGUCUGAAGCAUUUAUGAUAGCACUGCAAAGAUUCGUAUCAAGACGAGGUAUGUGCUCAGAUAUCUAUUGUGAUAAUGGAUCUAAUUUAAUUGGCACACGCACCCGUUUACAAACCGACCACUUUGAGUAUUUGAAAUCCAUGCAUAAUACUCUCGUCAAGGAUCUUGCAAACCAAGGCAUUGCAUUUCACUUUAAUCCACCUUAUGCACCAUCAUUCGGCGGCAUUUGGGAGUCGAACAUCAGAAGAGUCAAGCAACAUCUCUACAGAAUAGUCAAUGGUGAUCAAUCAACAACUUACGAUGAAUUGGCAACACUAUUGGCUAGGAUUGAAAGCUGUCUAAACUCGAGACCAUUGAUUCCGAUGUCAAACCAGCCUGAUGACUUCUCCUUCUUAACACCAGGUCAUUUCCUGAUUGGUGAUUCCUUGUUGGCAAUACCUGAACCUAACCUUUUGGACAAAAAAGUGUUGCCACUCGAUCGUUAUAACACAAUGCAGAAGAGAGCUCAAUCGUUUUGGGACAUCUUUCACAAGGAUUACCUGAACACACUACAGCAACGUGCAAAAUGGUUACAAGAGCAACCAAAUUUGAAAAUUGGUGAUGUCGUUCUCAUCAAAGAGGAUAAUCUACCGCCUUCAAGAUGGAUAAUGGGUCGAAUUGUCGAAACUCAUCCUGGAUCCGACGGUUUAGUGAGAGUAUGCACAGUCAGAACGAAAAACGGCAUUUACAGAAGACCGAUUCUCAAAUUAUCACCUCUUCCAAUCAACGAAAAUACUCAUCUUGGCGAAAUGAUCGAUGAAAGUGAUGCAGGCCCAUCUACUAACACCAUUCCUGCAAAUCCAAUCGUUUUAUCCAGCCACAUAUCAACCAAUGAUUCUCAUCCGAUUACCAUCAUCGUAGAGGGUAACAUUGGUUCUGGAAAGAGCAGCCUUUUGCAACAUCUACAAAAUCGGAAACAAUUUGAAAUCUUCUUCGAGCCUGUUCAAAAGUGGCAAAAUUUCAACAAUCACAAUUUAUUAGAAUUGAUGUACACAGAUAAAAAACAAUGGAACUUUCACUUCCAAAUGUAUGCACUACUCACGAUGUUGGAAAUUCAUUCUGCCAUUUCAAAUUCGAGAGUAAAAAUAAUGGAACGGUCAGUCUUAACAGCUUAUCACUGUUUUGUUGAAGCUGGCAAACAGGAAAAAACAAUUCAUCCAAUCGAGUUUGACAUUUUACGAGAGUGGAAUCAAUUUCUAAAUCGCAACUUCACCCACAAAAUCGAUGCUAUCGUUUACUUACGAACAACACCCGAUAUUAUCAUAAAUCGAAUCAAAAGCCGAGCCCGUAAUGAGGAAAUCAACAUUUCAUUGCAAUAUUUGGAGUUAUUGCAUCAACUACACGAUCAACUUUUGAUUGCGAAUCAACACCUGCUACCUGCUCCAGUUAUUGUUUUAAAUGGCAAUUUGACACAAAAUGAAGUAGUUACUGAGUUUGAUGCUUGGGUGGGAGAAUGCUUAGAUUUAUAUGAAACAAAUUCAAUCUAG